ACGCGUCCGGGCCCGCACCGCACCGCCGACCUUCCAGGCCUGUGCUCGGCUGGCCCUGUCCUCUCCUCGGCGCCCUGCUGGUCCUCCCGUGCGAGGGACAGGGACAGGCGACCGGACCAACGCUCACGCUACAGCACACAGCAGGGCCCUGCAGCCAGUACACGGCAGGACCCCACAGCGACACCAUGGUCAAGAGGUUCGCGCUCGCGCUCGCCGUGGUCCUGGGCGCCGCCCUCGCCGCGCAGGCCGCCAACUCUCAGCGCGAGGACGAGGAGGCGGAGCGCCUGCUGCACUCCAUCCAGCAGUCGCUGCGGGAGGCCAUGCCGGGCGCCAUCAUCACCUCCUCGCUGACGGCCGCGGACCUGCGCAACCUCGACCCGCCCAGCAUCUACUCCGACCCGGAGUGGAAGGCGGCGCAGCGGGCGCUGGCGCAAGAGCCCAAGAGCAAGCAGGGCAAGCGCGCCAAGCGCGCCGCCGAGCCGGACGACGACGCCGAGGAGCUGCCCGAGGGCGGCGACACCCGCGAGCGCGGCCCGCCACAGGAGGACGGCGCCGACGGGCCGGGCUGUGAGGACGGCCAGGCGGACGGCCAGCCGCCUGCCACCGGGCUCAGGCGCUGGGUCAUUCGCAUCAGGAAUAUCAUGUUCGGGCGCCGUGACUUGGAGGGCAGCGAGGGUGGUGAGGCUGAGGGAGACCCUGAGUCCGGGCGUACCUGGGUGGAGAGCCUCGCGCACUGGUUCGCUCACGGCAUAAAGAAGAUCCUUGUUCGUAUCAGCGGAGGGGAGCAGCCCGUUGGUGAGCCCGGUGCUGAACCCGAGCCGGGCGCUGAGGUGCCAAGUCCUGGGCGCGAGGACUCGACAGAGAGGCCGUGGAUCGCGCUGCCUCCCGAACCGGCCUCUGCACCAGGGCGCAAGGAGCCGAGCACUACGCCGGCCUCCGAGGACACCGAGGCACCGACGCCACCAAAAGUCAAGGUUCCGGCUAAGGUACCUGGCAAGGACCCGACCAAGGUCCCCAUCAAGGACCCAGCGAAGAUCCCUGCCAAAGUGCCUGCUAAGGCCCCUGCCAAGGUCCCUGCCAAGGUCCCUGCCAAGGUCCCUGGCGAGAUCCCGACCAAGGCCCCGGUCCCGUCUGACACCGUGUAUGACGAUGAAGCCUACGGCGGCAAGGACCGGCCAACGUUCCACGAGACGAAUGAGUUGAGCUAGGGUACAUCGAGGACCCAAAGAGGAGAGAGGGCGAGUCGAACUCAUAGAUCCUGGGCGUCCGCUAAUCAUUGAGAAAGCUGAACUGAACUCUAGCAGUGUCUCCGUCUUCAAACACCGAGAAACCCGAUCCGACUUUGAUCAUUGGAGAAAUCUUCUCGCUCUGAUACUUCAUUCUUGAUGUCACUUAAGUAUCGACUAAUUCAUAAGAGAAAAUAUAUUCCGACCAUACACAACCGGAAAUUUCAACUGUUUUAAAAAGAAUAAAUGUGUCAUGUAAAA